AGUGCGGGUUUACUUCGCUCUUCUUUCUUCUGGAAACAGAAAAGUUUGAGACUUUUCCACUCCGGAGAACUAGGACCAGAACCGGGACCAGAACUAGACCUGAACCAGGACCGGGACCGGGACCGGGUCCUGGACCCGCUAAAGUCCCGGGAGGAGCAGAAAGAACCGGAUUUAACCAGAAAACGGGAGUUUUUAAACCGCCAUGAAAACACAAGCUGAAUAAUCUGGACGGUCUUGGGUGAUGGGGGGAUGACGGGGGUCCAGGACCUGGACCCGGACCUGAACCCGGCCCCGGACCUGGUUCUGGACCCGGACCCGGCCCAGAACCCGGACCAGAACCCGGCCCCGGACCAGAACCCGGACCAGAACCCCCCAGGAUGGUCUCCAUGUCCCUCAGCAAGUCCUGCUUCCUGUUCUCUCUGGUCUCGUGCUGCGUGCUGGUCCUGGUCCUGAUCCCGGCCCUGCAGCCGCCCCCCCGGCUGCUGGACCCGCCCCGGCCCCGGCCCGGGCCCCGCCGGCCCCUCCAGGGUCCCGGGACCAGCCCUGACCCGGGUCCGGGCCCCCGGAGCCCCCAGGGCCCCCAGGGACCCGGGUCCAGGUCUCCAGAGACCCUGGACCUCAGGGACGUCUUCAUCGCCGUCAAGACCACCAGGAAGUACCACCAGACCCGGCUGGAGCUGCUGCUCCAGACCUGGGUGUCCCAGGCCCGGGAGCAGACGUUCAUCUUCACGGACGGCGAGGACGCAGAUCUGCGCAGGAGGACGGGCGUCCAGCUGAUCAACACCAACUGCUCGGCCGCUCACAACCGGCAGGCUCUUUGCUGCAAGAUGUCGGUGGAAUACGACAAGUUCAUCCAGUCCCAGAAGAAGUGGUUCUGCCACGUGGACGACGACAACUACGUGAACCUGGUUAGCCUGCGGCGGCUGCUAGCGUCGUACCACCACAGCCAGGACGUUUACCUGGGCCGGCCCAGUCUGGACCACCCCAUCCAGGCCUCGGACCGGGACCGGGACGGCUCGGUGUCCGUGAAGUUCUGGUUCGCCACCGGAGGAGCCGGGUUCUGCAUCAGCCGGGGUCUGGCCCUGAAGAUGAGCCCGUGGGCCAGUCUGGGGAACUUCAUCAGCACGGCGGAGAAGAUCCGUCUCCCUGACGACGUGACGGUGGGCUACAUCAUCGAGGCUCUGCUGGAGGUCCGGCUGACCCAGACGACCCGGUUCCACUCCCACCUGGAGAACCUGCAGAAGCUGGACCGGGUCCUGGACCAGGUAACUCUCAGCUACGGCGGCUUCAACAACCGGAGGAACGUGGUCACUAUCGGGGGAGGAUUCUCCCUGCUGGAGGAUCCAACCAGGUUCAAGACCGUCCACUGCCGUCUCUACCCGAGGACCGACUGGUGUCCCCGACCCGCCGUGGGACGCCGACGCUCACCGCACCGCUAACCGCAGACGCUAACCUGGUUGGACGGCGUCGGACACCGGAGUGUCGGCCAAUCAGAGCGUCCCAGGGAGCAGCGCUGGACCCCGUUGGGCCCUGGCGGGACCUGGACGGGACCUGGACGGGACCUGGACGGGACCUGGACGGGACCUGGACGGGACCUGGACGGGACCUGGACGGGACCCUGAUGGUUCAGGGUCAACAUGAAGGAACUAAAGGGGUUGAGACCGUAACCUGGGGGUCUUAAUGCUCCGCCAGGCGGAACUCCUCCUGCUCGUGUUUAUGGAACUAUCAGUGUUUAUGGAUUUGCACUACGUUGAUCUUUGAUCUACAGGAUGACAGCCAGCUCUGCUACGGCUCGAUAACUCGUCCCUGUAGCCACGUAGCAUAGCAGGAUGACGGCCAGCGUAGCUAGCGUAGCUACGUAGCAUAGCAGGAUGACGGCCAGCUCUGAGCAGGAACGUCAUCACGUGUCGUGUCUGGUUUAAUUAUCUUGAUUCCACCAGCUGGUUUAAUAAACUACCAAAUAUUUAAUAGUUUUCUAGCUCUCCUCUGCUGCCCCCACUGGCCACCGCCGGUACCACGCUCUCCUCUGCUGCCCCCACUGGCCACCGCCGGUACCACGCUCUCCUCUGCUGCCCCCACUGGCCACCGCCGGUACCACGCUCUCCUCUGCUACUGCCCCCACUGGCCACCGCCGGUACCACGCUCUCCUCUGCUGCCCCCACUGGCCACCGCCGGUACCACGCUCUCCUCUGCUGCCCCCACUGGCCACCGCCGGUACCACGCUCUCCUCUGCUGCCCCCACUGGCCACCGCCGGUACCACGCUCUCCUCCUCCUCAAACAGCAAGAACAUCCUCACAUUUCUGCUCUAAAUCCUGUCAAAUCCUGGUUUUUCUGUGUUUUCCGUCUUUGAUUUUGCUCUGAGUUUCCAGAUUGUUUCCUCUGAUUCGGGGUCAAAGGUCCCGGGUCUGCAGGACUGAGCUGGACUCUGUGGACCCCCAGAGUCUGGACCAGAACCAGGUUCUGACCCGGUCCGUCCCACUGCAGGACAGUGGAGGAGCUGGUUCUUAUGAAGACAAUGUUGGUGUUGUUUCAGACAAUAAAAGCUUUUUAAAAAUG